CCGGCCCAGGACGACGCCGAUCGCCGCGACAGUCGCACGGACGCCCCGGGCUCCAGUCCCCGCCAAGCACGGCCCAGUCCGGGCGGUCCACGCAACAUGGCGCUGCUCCUGAGGAGGGCGCACGAGCUCUACAGGCACGUCUUCGACGAGCUGAGCGACCCGCGCACGUCGGAGUGGUUCAUGGUGGGCGGGCCGGCCAAUGUGGCCCUGCUCUUGACCGCCUACCUGUACUUCGUGCUCAGCCUGGGGCCGCGCCUCAUGGAGCACCGCAAGCCCUUCAACCUGGACAAGAUCAUGAUCGUGUACAACGCCCUGCAGGUGGUGGCGAGCUUACAUGUCGUCAGGGAGGCCCUGAUCCUCUAUUUCUACGACGGAUACAGCCUUUUGUGUCAACCUGUGGACCACGGAACCAGCGAAUCAGCCAUGCGAGCUGCCGCCGGCUUCUGGUUCUACUACAUGCUUAAAAUAGUGGAUCUCCUCGACACGGUAUUCUUCGUGCUGCGCAAAAAGUCGCGCCAAAUCAGCUUCCUCCACGUGUACCACCACACUGGCAUGAUAUUGAUCGGCUACAACUCCACCAAGUUCCUGCCAGGGGGCCAUGGGGUGUUCGUCGGCUUGGCCAACUCCAUUGUGCACGCCUUCCUGUACAGUCACUACCUCAUCUCCAUCCUCUACCCCAAGUACGCCAGGAACGGCUGGUACAAGAAGCACCUCACCCAGAUGCAAAUGGUUCAGUUUGCUAUGAUCGUGGUGCACUACACGCAGAUUCUGUUCAUGCCCGGAUGCGCCUACCCCAAGUUCACCAUCGCCGUCAUCGUGCCCCAGAACCUCUUCCUGGGGCUGCUGUUCUACGACUUCUACCGUCGCACCUACUUCCCCAAGGACGCGAAGAAGAGACCCGAGACCGCUGUGACCGAGAAGACGGACUCGAGGGCGGCCAGCGCGGAGGUGGCCGCCGCUCUCAGCUCCGCCAAGGAGGCCGUGUCGCCGGACGCCAGCCAGGCGGACCGGCGGGCCGGCUAGGCCGCGGAGCCGAAGCAGCUGGAAACCGACUUGACAUUGUUUUGGACGCUUGUCGGCGAGCCGGGUCUGUGGCGCAGGACGCGCCGGGGCACUGGCGCACCUCCCUGGUGACCCUGGCGACCCUGGCCAGCUGCGGCACUCCGGCUGGCUUCACAGUGCGCCAUGCUGCCCACAGCAGUGGCUCUCCGAACAGCUCGUGGAGGCGGCAGCCAAGGCCUGCCAAAUCGGCCCAGUUUACACCCCCGUGUUGUCGGGGUCGGGGGUGUUUUCGACCCUGUCGACAGUGGCUGCAUGAAGGAGGAGCGAGAAGCAACAGCGGCAUUUCGAGAUCCAGGAAUGUGCACGGUCGUGCGGACGUGAAUCGUGUCGCGUUCGUUCGAUUUCAGUAUCACGUCCGUUCUAAUGCCGAUUCCGGGCUUGAGCUACGUCUGAUUCCCAUUUCAUCGAACGUGACGUCACAUUCCUGGAUUGCUGGUGGGGCUACUACUAGUGCAACACAUGUGUAUACGUGGCGAGGACUGUAUCGUUGGAGAAGCUCUCAUUUCUCAUAUUGUGAAUAUAUUGUAAUGCGUGUGAAUUAAAAUGACCGCUUUUUGUACCUGUG